AUGGACGACUUCAACGACAAAUAUGAAACGACGACCGUUAUUGGUGUUACUGAAUCCAGCAUGGAUGAAUAUUCCCCUUCGAUGACACAGGAAAAUGAGGGAACAGACAUUGAGAAAGGAAAAGUACUUACCCCAGAACCCACAGUUGUCGACUUAAAGGCGCAGGAGGACGAAGAGUGGGAGACGGAUCCAGAUAACGCCAGAAACUGGUCAUGGUCUCGAAAAUGGGUGGCGACUGGCAUAGUUUCGUUCUACACAUUUGUACCUCCUUUUGCAAGCUCUAUGAUGGCCCCCGGCCUUCCCGAAAUCAGUGAAAGGUUCCAUAUCGAUAAUCCAACCCUUUUAGCUCUAACUCUAACGAUAUUCCUUUUGUCUUUCGCUCUUGGGCCCCUUUUUUAUGCUCCGCUCUCAGAGAUGUACGGCAGAACUGAAAUCCUUCAUAUUGGGAAUCUACUUUCCAUGGUAUUCAGCCUUGGCUGCGCAUUUUCUCCCAACGUUGGAACACUUCUCGCAUUCCGUUUCCUAUCGGGAUUCUCAGGGAGUGCUCCCCUGGCUAUUGGCGGCGGUUCGGUCAGCGACCUUUUUGCUCCUCGAGAUCGGGCAUCGGCGAUGGCAUUUUAUAAUUUAGGACCUAUACUUGGUCCAGCUAUUGGACCAGCGGUCGGAGGUUUCAUCACACAAACCAUCGGCAUAAAAUGGGUGUUCAUUGUAAUUGCUAUUACAUGUGGUGCCCUUAGUUUAAUCAGUAUACCUCUUCUUCGAGAAACUUACGCACCUGUGAUUCGCGCUCGCAAAGCGAGACGUGAUGGCGACGUAGAAAAGGCCGCUAGAGUGCACCCUAUGCUUGUCCAAGCUAAAGGAAAUUUGCUCAGUUUGCUUUGGAUGAACCUUACAAGACCGAUAGAAUUGUUAUUCAGGAGCUUCAUAUGCUUUAUUUUGAGCCUAUUCAUGUCUCUUCUCUACGGCAUCUAUUAUCUGAUGCUCUCUACGUUCCCGGAUCUCUUUAAUCAUACGUACGGUUUUGGUCCAGGUGUAGGCGGGCUUGCAUAUCUCGGGAUGGGUGUAGGAUUCUUCAUGGCCAUGUUUUUUGCUGCCAGAGUAGCGGAUGCAAUAUAUAAAACGUUAGCAGAUCGAAAUGGAGGCCAAGGGAAGCCUGAGAUGCGUAUGCCUGCCAUGGUAGUUGGAGCGAUUUGUAUUCCAAUCGGCCUUCUAUGGUAUGGUUGGACAGCUGAAGCAAAAGUACAUUGGAUUGUUCCUAUCAUUGGGACCACCUUUUUUGGAUUUGGUACGCCUGAAACUACAAUUUUAACUUCUUGGUUCCAUUUUGCUAACCUUUCUCUCGAAGGAAUGACGACAGUAUACCUACCCAUCUCCCUAUACCUUGUUGAUGCCUUUAGAUACGCCGCAAGCGCGCUAGCCGCUGCUUCUGUCUUGCGGUCGUUGUUCGGCUUUGUGUUCCCUCUUUUUGGGGAGCAGAUGUUUAGUGCGUUGGGAGAAGGAAAAGGAAAUACUCUGCUUGCGUGUGUUGCAUUUACUCUGGGAAUUCCCUUCCCGAUCUGGAUAUACUACAAGGGAGAAGCCAUCCGAGCCAAAAACCCGUUGUCAAAUGGAUCCAUGUAG